UAAACCACCUCCCGUCCAGCCCAUGUAUAUAAAUGGCCAGGCGGUGGCAGUGCAGGGGCAGGUGGCCAUUUAUAAACAUCGUCCCUGCCUUGGCCCGCUCCCUGGGAGCGGACAACACCACAAUCUGGUGCCCUCUGUGUCCUCCAGACACAGUGGAAUACCAAUCGUCAAUCAGAACCUCUGUGCGAGGUCCCGAUCACGUGAUCACUGAUUGGCAAAUCAGUGAUCACAUGCAGAGUAGUAAGCAAGAUGUCACUUGUGACAUCAUUGCUUACUACGUGUGCAAUCUGUGAAUGAUCACAGAGAUCACAUGGUACAGGGCUAUUCACAACAGCCUUGUACCAUGUGACAAGCUGUGACCAAUCACAGCUCACACAAUA